ACAAGCCCCUGAACCCAGCACGCAAUGGCCUUCCUAAUCGAAUCCCGCUAUCUACUGCGCCGUUGUUUCUGCACACUACACGCUCCAUCAAUCAAACGAGAUCUUUUACGAGUAGAAAGCUGCUGUACUCGAAUUUUUCCCCAGAAUGCGCUCGCGUACCGAUAGCGUGCCCUGCCAUACCGACGAUGGCCUAGCAAGGCCGGAUCUGGUCUUCGAACUUAGGACGCUGUGCGAUGGGUGGGGGUUUGGCGAGCGCUGGGAUCCGGUGCAGAUUGCUGUUCUUGGGGAGGAAGGGGGGGAUGUUGAAGUUGCUGGGUUCGGAGAAGACGAGAAGGCGAUGGGGUGGGGUCUGGAUGAUGUAGUGUCUUGUGCUGUUGGAGAGGAUAUCGAAGAGCAUGUCGAUGAGGGUAUCGAAGAGCACGUUGAAGAGAAACAACCCCCCAAUGUUGUCCGUUCUUGGAGCUCUCAUAACGAACCACGACGCCCGAUAAUCAAACACACAACCUCCCACCCACACACACAAACCCACUCCACACACCCUCCUCCCCCAGACCACAUAGAAAAUCUGGAUCCAAAAACACACAGACACAACACACUACGCAGACUCUCUACCCAACGCAGCACAGAGGAAGAGCAAGAACAUAUACAUCACCACCAACCAAGCCCUCCCCACCCAACAAACCAAACCCGCACAGUACACUUCUCCCCCUCCCACCACAUCCGCACCCUAGACUUCGAAACCAACGCCAUCCUGCACGACACCCAAGAAGAAGCGCGCGAUAACGGUUUGAGGGUUGGUGUUGUGGGAUGGGAGUUUGGGCUGUGAGUGAGUGAGUGAAUGAAUGAUUGGGCUGCUUCGGGAAGUCGGGAAAGUCCCUGUGUUGUCGCCAUAGUGAAAGCCGAUGCGACGCGAUUCCCUCUUCGCUGUGAUGGUGAAGGUAGAUGGAACAUA